CCAACUUUAGAACACCAGUAAAGUUGAGUAAAGUCAAAAAAUGCGUGAGUUCUAAUUGUCAACAAGAGAAUUAAAUAAAUUCACUCAAUUAACUGUUUGUAAUUAAUGUAAAAAUAACUCGUAAUUGAUCAAUUUAAGUUGAAAAAUGUUAGCCCUGCAAGGAUAUGGCAGUAGUGACGAAGAAGAUGAUAAAACUAAUGCGAAUAUUGAAAAUUCUAAAGAAAGUGAGGUUAGAACUGGUGACAACUCCACAAAUGCAAUUCCAUUCUCAUCUACUGGAUCUUCGUUAUUAUCGUUAGGAUUAAAAAUUUGUUCAGCACCCGAAGUUGUACCAACGGGCUCUGAAUUAUGUUUACGUCACAUAGACGCAACAACCAAGGAAAUAAUGCACAAUCCAAAAUUUGAGGAACUUUUUGCCCCUGAAGUGGGACCGGAAAAUCCCUUUAAAACCCAACAACAACGUGCAUUGAAAAACACACUCGCUGGUUAUGUUGAGAAAGCGCAUUUUUCCGACUUUCAAUUUGAAAAUCAGCGACGAACGUUCACUAGCUAUGGCUACGCAUUAGAUCCAACAGCCGAUGGAAGUGUUGAUGAGGGUAAAAUUUUAAUUGGCGCUAAAGAGGCGGCCGAGGAAACUGGGGCAAGAACUGUAUUUGAAACAACAACGUUAAGACCAGCGGAUAAGAGGAAACGAAAAAAGAACGACGAUCCGGCGGAUAUUGAGGGAUUUUUGGGUCCUUGGGGCGGUUAUGUGGAUGAGAAAAGAAUUAUCAAGCCCACUGAGGAGGAAGCAGCGGAAUUGGAGGAAAUUCUCGCUAAACGCAAUAAAAGAGGAAAGGAAACGACCGAAACUCCCAUCGAGGAACGAACUGUACUUCACAUUAAAGACACAAAUGAUUAUCAAGGACGCUCAUUUCUACACGCACCUCAGGAUGUUGGCGUUAAUUUAAGAUCAGAUUCACCUCCCGAACGUUGCUUUUUGCCAAAAGCACAAAUUCACACAUGGGAAGGACAUACGAAAGGAAUCUCGCAAAUUCGAUGGUUCCCGCGCACUGCUCAUUUACUACUUUCAUGUAGUAUGGAUAAUAGGGUCAAGCUUUGGGAAGUUUACAAUCAAAGAAGAUGUAUACGAACCUACUAUGGACACAGACAAGCAGUGCGUGACAUUAGCUUCGAUAAUGAUGGUAAAAGAUUUCUAUCAGCGGGUUACGAUCGUUACGUUAAAUUAUGGGACACCGAAACUGGCGCAUGUUUAAAUAAAUUCACCAGUCGUAAAGUGCCGUAUUGCGUUAAAUUUAAUCCCGAUUCGGAUAAACAACAUUUAUUUGUCGCUGGAACAAGUGAUAAGAAAAUUAUUUGCUGGGACAUUCGAUCGGGAGAAAUAACCCAAGAAUAUGAUAGACAUUUAGGAGCUGUUAAUACAAUUACAUUUGUGGAUGAAAAUCGAAGAUUCGUCACGACUUCUGAUGAUAAAAGUCUUCGUGUCUGGGAAUGGGAUAUUCCAGUUGAUAUGAAGUACAUAGCGGAUCCUACGAUGCAUUCAAUGCCGGCCGUAACACCAUCGCCUAAUCAAAAGUGGCUCGCUUGCCAAAGUAUGGAUAAUAAAAUUGUCAUAUUCUCAGCACUCAAUCGAUUUAAAAUGAAUCGAAAGAAAACAUUCACGGGUCAUAUGGUUGCCGGUUACGCUUGCGGUUUGGACUUUUCUCCCGAUAUGAGUUAUCUCGUGUCAGGCGACGGAGACGGAAAAUGUUACGUUUGGGACUGGAAAACAACGAAACUGUACAAAAAAUGGAAAGCCCACGACGGAGUUUGCAUUUCAGCCAUGUGGCAUCCUCACGAACCGUCGAAACUCGCAACUGCCGGAUGGGACGGGAAAAUUAAAUAUUGGGACUAAAGACAAUUUCCCUUUUCGUUUCAAAUUGUGCAUAGUGUAUAUAAAUAUUUUUACUCGAGGUAACUAAGAAUCGUGACUUAAAAAAAACAAUUUUCAACUUACAACAAUGUAAGUUAUUGAACAUAAUUUAAA